GAUCGACAGAGCGAAGUCUGUGACAAGUGUUGUGUUUGACAGGUGUUUUGAGCGGCAAUGUCUUUAUCUAUGAAGUGCAUACUGUUCAUGGUGGCGCUGGCCAUCCUUCUCCGGGAAUCGAAGGCGCGACCGCCGUGGCUGGCGCCGGACAGCGACGUGUUUACAGAGAGCGCCGCGUGCCAUACCGACGAUGAGCUACUAGAUCUCUGCCAACGCUGCGCCAAGCUGACCAAAUCCAAGCUGGCCUACCCAGCAUGCUGUUCCACGGAUAUGGAGGCACGGAAAUGGUGCUCAGACUAUGUGUACUUUGGUCGAGGCUCCUACGACUUCUAUGUUCUAUAAUAUCCUGGUACUUUAGUGGAGAAAAGACUACGUUAAAAUUAUGGGGACUGAUCCGACUAAGUUAACAAUUGGUAAAAUAAUGGGGUUGAACGGUACCGAAUUAAUAUUUUUUACGAGUGCAGGUCACUUUAUUUCUGCCGCCCCAUGUAGGUACGAAAUCUGUUGCCCGUAGGCCGUAUGGCCUAUUUAUAAAAUAUGGGAUUGAAAUGAAAGAUAUACAUAAACAGUUGAGCUAUUUAAAGUAGUCAAAAUUUGUUCCAGUCUCUGUCUUUAUACGAAUAUUAAUAUAAGUGAUCGUAAUUUAAGUAUAGAUAAUCAUAUUGUUAAAUCUUAGGCAAUCUAACAUUAUCAAUGCAAUUUAUGGAUCUGGAUGGAAGUGUGAAAGAAAUGGAAUGGUAUGGAUGAAAUGGAUGGAAGUAUGGUAUCGAUGAUACAUAAAUGUUGUUAGCUGUAUAACUGUGUAUCUGAAAAUUUUCCCCUAUUCAGUUUAAACAGAAUAGAAAAAUUUGUCAGUUUUACAAUAUUUCCCGUCAUACAAG